UUCAAAUCAUAACCACAUGCACACAAAACCUGCUUAUUGGGAACUACAUUUGCCUCUGCUUUAUAGAAGGAAUGCGCUUUUGAGUUAACAGAGGUAAUCGCUACCGAGAUGCAGUCCAAUAAAUUAGUUUACUACACAAAAGCGCAUUUGUUUUGACGUCGCAUUAGCCGUGUUUGUGAUGUAGCUUUCUUGCUAGCUGCGAGUGUACUGCUCCUUUGCCUUGGCGUGUUUCUGACAUGUUAGAGACAUUUACUGAACAUCCUUUAACGUAUUUGAAAAAAAAGUUUUAAAAUAACUUGAUCCAAUUUAAUUUCGGUUGGGGUAAGAACUGAGAAGUAGCAGUGUAACAUGCGUUAUCGUCCCGCGCUGCUUAGCUGCAAUACACGGCUUCACCAUUGAGCGGCGCUGCGUAGCCGGUCUAAGACUGUACUAUGAACUCUGUCAAUAAAGAUGAAGUAUCGGACCAGCUAUUCUUCAUUGAGGAUUCCAUCACUUCAGAGAGUGGAGAAGAGGCGUGUUCUGGAUACGUGAAACACGAGAAAAGCGCCAAGCUGUUUUCACAGCUGAGCAGAGACAGCUCUCCUCCGCUGCUCCUUGCCUUCUCCAUCACCUCUGGAAAGACUCAGCAGGACACCAGCAGUAUCUCCAGUGCUGAUUCACAGGAGCACCUGGAAGAAGACAGUGAUCAGCCUAUUGAGGAGUGGAUGAUCCUGGAUGGAGAGGAGCAGGCGGAGGACCCAAGCAUCCAGCUCAACCUCGGCUGCUGGGAGAGCUCUGAGGAGGAUGUUGAAGAUGAAGGUAAACCAGACAAGAAAGUGAAAUCAGGAGGGGAUAUCUGGGCUGUCUCAGACAAAGACAAGUAUGGAAGCAUUCAGUCUCUGAGCAGUCGCUAUUUCAUGGCUGGUCGCUCAUCCGUCUGUAACAUCUGCAACAGGAUGGGACACGUUGCCAGAAGUUGUUACUUUCACAAGAAAAGUCCCACUUGUGUCCUUUGUGGCGUCCAGGGCCACGUCCAAAGAGACUGUCCGAGCCGGCCCUGUUCCACUUGUGGGCUGCCUUCGCAUGCCCUCAAGCCCUGCCGAGUGCCUCCAAUGUGGAAGCAGCACUGCCAGCGCUGCGGGGUGACCGGCCACGUGUUUGAUGCCUGCCCAGAUUCAUGGCGACAAUACCACCUGACUGUCAAGUUAGGGGUUCCUUUCAGACCCAGAAACGCCAGCAGUCUCAAACGUAAGAGCCACCAUGCUCAUUGCUACAACUGCUCAAAAAGGGGACAUCUUGGUCAUAAGUGCACAAAGAGGAGGAUGAUCAGUGGCACUUUUCCCUCACUGCCUUAUGUUUGUUAUUAUGACACUCUGGAUGACAUUCUCCAGCAGAAUGCCCCGACGCUCACACCAGCCAAAGGCCUUGUGAGUGCUGGAUCCCCAACUUCACAGCAGGAACAUUGCAAAGAUUCGCCGUUGGUGCAGGGAAGAUGCAGGACAAAGCUGGAGCCUGGCGCUCAUCCUGGAAGGAGGAAGACCUGGCCUGAAAGGCGCAAAGAGAGGCGUGAAGUGAAGCGACUGAGGAGGGAGGCACAGGCGAAGCAGGAAGGAGGAUUUCUGAGGAGGCAUUUUUGCACCAUUGAUGAUGCAGUUUACCCUGCUGACCCCUACAAACCUAUCCUACGCAGUCAUAGAGAGGCCAAAACCUCUCAGGAGAACAAGAGGGAGGAGAGUGUUGGAAAGAAGAGCAGAAAGAGCAGAGAGGCAGAGAAGUGGAGGAAAAGAGGGGGGAUAAAACACAAGGAUUUGUAUCCACACAGAGACAUUGACAUUGGAAGUGAAAACCUUUUGUCUCCAAAGCAGAGAGUACGACACCGAAGGAGAUGAAAGGUGAUAUAAAAUUUUGCCCAUUUAGUAAUAUUAAAUAUUCCUUCCAGUUUACUUAUAAUUUGUAUUUAAUAAUGCAUAAAAAAUCUUGAUCAAAAAUUUAUUUAAUCAAGUGUGAAAGUAGCUUAAACCUGUUUUUCUAUUUUGUGAAAGUUUAUACUUAUGUUUUUAAGUUUUUAAAAAACAAUGUUAUAAAUAUUAAAGCUGCGCAAAUGGAUUCAACUCAUGUGAAGAGUCUCUUUA